AUGUCUCUCAGCGAAAUCCGCGGCCGACUCGCUCUUGUCACUGGUGCAUCAAGAGGAAUCGGCGCCGCGUGUACUGAGCAGCUGGCACAACAUGGAGUCCGCCUCGCUCUGACCUACUCGACCAACCAGACUGCGAUGAACGAGCUCGUAGCGUCUCUACGAUCCCGAUACGGGGACCAGCAGCUUCGCAUCUCUACGCACCAAGUCGAUGUUGGAUGUCCAGAUCAGAUCGAAGCGAUGUUCGAGCAGAUCGAUGCCUACCACGGCCACCGACCGGACAUUCUAAUCUCGAAUGCCGGAUACGGGAAACGCAUUACUCAAGUCUGGGAUAUUGGUCUGGAGGAAUUCGACAAGAUGAUGAAUAUCAACCUUCGUGCUUCGUUCAUCCUCGUAAAAGGCGUUGUCGAGCACAUGAAGAGCGAGCGAUGGGGUCGUAUCGUGUUCAUCUCGUCAAUCGCUGCAUACGGGGGAGGGAUCAAUGGAUGUCGUGGGUAUGCUCGUUUCCUUAUUCUGGCCGUGGAUUAA